UGAGUGGCGGGGGUCGGGGCACGCCGGCCUGGCCUCGCCCGGCGUGCGGGGUCACGCUCGCUGCCGGGGAGUUCAGGGUGGAGACCGCCGUGGGCGCAUCGCUGGAAAGGAGGUGAAUCUACACCUGGCUGACUUUAGAAUUCUUCUGGCUUUUAAUUUUUUUCUUUUUAAAAUAACUUGGACGGAUAAAAGAUGUGCCAUGGCAGGAUAGCACCAAAGAGCACCUCAGCGUCUGCCGUGGCCUCUGUGGGACAUGGAGUGUUUCUUCCGCUGGUGAUCCUUAGCACCCUCCUUGGAGACGGACUUGCCUCAGUGUGUUCCCUGCCCCCGGAGCCAGAGAAUGGUGGCUACGUCUGCCACCCCCGGCCCUGCAGAGACCCCUUGAACUCAGGCAGUGUCAUCGAGUACCUCUGUGCUGAAGGCUACAUGCUAAAGGGCGAUUACAAAUACCUGACGUGUAAGAAUGGCGAAUGGAAACCAGCCAUGGAGAUUAGCUGCCAUCUUAACGAGGAGAAAGACACCAAGACAUCAUUUGGGGUCCCCACACUGUCCAUCGUGGCUUCCACUGCCAGCUCCGUGGCACUCAUUCUCCUCCUUGUGGUGCUGUUUGUGUUGCUGCAGCCAAAGCUGAAGUCGUUCCAUCAUAGCAGGCGUGACCAGGGGGUAUCUGGGGACCAGGUCUCCAUCAUGGUGGAUGGAGUCCAAGUUGCACUACCGUCAUAUGAGGAGGCUGUGUAUGGCAGUUCCGGUCACUGCGUGCCGCCCGCUGACCCCAGAGUACAGAUUGUGCUGUCAGAGGGGUCUGGGCCUAGUGGGAGGAAUGGGCCAAGGGAGCAGCAGCUACAGGACCAGGGGGCCUGCUCCUCUGCAGGUGGAGAGGAGGAGGCCCCGGGCCAGUCUGGACUGUGUGAAGCCUGGGGCUCCCGGGGCUCAGAGACUGUGAUAGUGCAUCAGGCAACCACCUCUUCCUGGGUGGCCGGCUCAGGGAACAGCCAACUGGCACACAAAGAAGCCCCGGAUUCAGAGAACAGUGACAUACAAAGCCUUUUAUCCCUCACAUCGGAGGACUACACAGACGAUAUCCCGCUGUUGAAAGAAGCAUGAGGUUUGCCACCAGCCUCUCUCCUCUGCAAUGGUCCUCUCUGCCCUUCUUCCCUCUCCCUGUGGGUUUGAGCACCCUGCCCGGCUAGCUGAGCUGCCACCUGUGGAUCUGUGGAUCUCUGAGGGCAUGCAGGCCCACCUUGCUGGAAACUCAAGGAAGAUUCUUGCCAUCUGCCUGCUUGACAGCUGGAGGAACUGGCUUUUUGCCUGGUCCAGCCUUCCCAUCUGUGUCGGGAACAUGUUUGAAUGUGCCGGACUGAACCCUUCCUUUUCCGGGCCUCUGGGAGCCCUCCAGCCAAUUCUUUGGUGGCCGCCCCAACCAGCCCACAUGGGCCAGAGAACCGCUGUGUUUACUUGUGCCUUCCCCCCACCCUGUCCAGGUUCCCUGUCACGCAGGCCUGUUGCUGUCCUACAAGCCUUAGUGGCUGCACUGCUGCCCCCUGCCACACAAGGGGUGGGCCUGGGUCUGGCUUGUUUCCUUUGAGGGCUUAUCAGGAGCAGAUCCAAGAGUGGGAGCUGGGGAGACAAGAGGGACUAACUGGAGCAAGAGUGUGGGUCCUUGGGCCUGCCCUUGGUUGACACUGGUGACACGUUUUCUUGGCUGGGGACGGAGGAUGUGGAAAAUCUGCCAAAGCUGACCCAGCACCGGCUGUCCAGCUCAGAGGUGCCAGCUCCUGGCCCUGCUGUGUUGAGCUUCCAGGGGAUCCCAGGGGAGGGCAGGAAGGUGGCUGAUAAUGGUUGUCUUCCUAAUAGGCAAGUUCUCGCCUCCUACUUCAGCGUGGCUUCCUGGUCUCUGCUUUUCUUUUUCUGGAGUAUAAGGGGAAGUUGCAUGUUGCCACCUGGGGUUUAUGCGGCAGCUGCUGCUACCUUGCUGCCCACAGAGUUCUGAGGGGAAUCAUCCCUGGGACAGGAGCUCGCUGAGAUGCCAUGGACUGCCCAUCUGCUUACUGACAGGGCAAGUUGCCCGUUCUGGGUUUGUGGUGACGGAGGGGAACCUGAGAGGCACAGACUAAGUCCCCAGGCAGCUGCAGGCAGCUCCAGCCCCAGUCCUGAGGGUCCUCCUCACCACAGUCACGUGCCUUAGUAACUGGUCCAGGAAGCGUCCUGCUGCUUGCUGCGCUGCUGCUUUUCUUACUCUUGCCCUCCCCUGCUGUCCCUUCCUGCUCACAGCUGACAGAUGACUCCCUGGUUGUCUUGGGCAAGGGGGAGGGGCUGAGAGGCAGUCCUCACCCACACACACACCCUUGUGGGUGAAGGGUUGCAGAGCAGCCUGGCACCUGGCCCUGGUGUUGAAGGAGUGGGCUCCGUGCUCCAGAUGCUUCUCCGACUCUCGGCUCUCCCUUAGCCACGUCGUGAAUGCUGACAAGGCUGGGGUGGCAAAGCUCAGGCAGGCUGCUUCCAUCUUUAAAAAACGUGGCAUUUACUUUUGUUUCUGAAACAUUGGGGCUGGGGAACUUCAGAGGUCCCACCCCCACCCCAUGCUGCCCCUCCGCUCCUUCCUUGAGCCUCUAGGGUGGUAAAAGUAAUAAAGAGCCCAAUAUUUUUUCAAUACCUGACCAAGCAGGGUAGCUCCAGGAGUGGGUGGCCUGGAAGAUUAGGGGAAUGGCCUCCUCUCAGCCUCCUGCCUCCACUCACACACGCACUUUACUACCCGCUCAUUCCUGGCCUCUUUCUGUCUCUCUUGUCUUCCUUUCUCAGGGUAAGGGCAGUGCCUGCUGUGCCUGUUAGCCACUCCUCCUCCCCCCUCUCCCACCCAGGAGCCUGAGAAUUCUGUGCCUGAAGCCCAGGCCAGCAUGGUUAGGCAUGGAACAGGUUGUCAAAGAUGCCAGAACUAGAGGUCAGAGCCUUUGAGGGAGAUGAAAUGUACCAGGGGGCUGUCCUUAGCCUCAAAAGAGGCCAUUUCCAGAAGAGUGCCUGCCAGCAGUCAUGGGCUCUGGGCCUAUCUGGAUGGUGGGCCCCUCGUGACCCAGCUGCCUCCCUAUGCGUGGGCUCUCCUUCCCCGCAGGGGUGCCCUUGUCUUCCUCCAAAAAAAGAAAGCAGGGCACAUGGUGUGGGAUUUGGAGUCUGCUGAGCCUACUGAUUUAUUCCCAGUUAUCCAAAACCUGAAUUCUAGCCGAGUUUUUUCUUUUAAUGAGAGAUCUUACUCUUUUUUUAUAGCAUACUCUGGCAUUUUCCCUCCCCUAAGAGAUUGCACUUUUUGUUUUGGGAUUAUUCAGCCCCAUAGGUUACUGGCUCAGGCCUUGGAAAAAUGAAAAGCCUUCUUUCUGCAGCGUUCUUCCAGCCAGCCGCCAUCAACCCUGUCCUGGGGGCACAGACCCAGACUUGUGUGCCGGCAGGAAAGAAAGAAGGGUAAAUGGGAGCCUCCCUUUUUGGCCCCACCUCUCCUCUUCACUUCCUCCCCUCACUCCCUUGUCACUGGCAUGGAUGAGGCCCACUUCUGGGCCUGUGGGUGCAGGAACCAGGCUUCAUCCUGCUGGCAUCCAUGACAGCUGUUCGUUCUCUUUCCCUGGAGCAGUUUCUUGCCAUCAGCCAUUUGCUACUGUCCAGGAGCUUCUGGGUUUUUGUCCCUUGCAAGGGGUUAGGGACUUUAUAGCUGCCAGGAAGGAGGCUGUCAGAGGAGUCUGGAGCAGGUGGGAAAACUGUCCAUAGCCUGGCUUUUCUGGGCUCACCUCUAGGGGAGUCCAGCAGAGGGCUUGUCCAGGAGAAUGGUCAGCACCAAAGGACUUUAUUUGAAAAGGUAUUUUUUGCACACAUGAGCUAAUAACUCAAUGCAGGUUUUAUGUCCUGGCAACUUGCAGUUACAUUCCAGUGACUUACAAGGGCCAGUCUUUGGUGAAGAUCACAUAUAUUUCCAUCCCUUUCCAUGCCUUAGUUUAGCAAGUAGGCUCUAUCUUUUGCCAUUUCUGGAUUUUGUGUGCUGUGUUCCCAUUUCACUCAGCGUGAACUGUGAAAUGGGCUGAAUCCUGGCCAAUUGUGAGUUCUUUUGGGUUAUAAGGCAUUUCAGUGUGUGUUCUAACACUCCAUUUGCAAAUAAAACUGGAACUAAUGUUAUCUUCCCCAUUCAUCUUGCCUUCCACCCCCCACCCCCACCCCCAAGUUCCGUGGAAUGGCAAGACUGACAAAGGUAUCUUCUUCCUGCCUCGUUCGUUAGUGGUGGCACAGGGACGAUAGCACUCAGCCUCUCCCUCCCAGUCUCAGCUGAGCGCUCAGACCACUUGCUUCCCCCGUAACAAUGUCACUUCCAUUCCCAGAUUACAUGCUUACAUCAAGAGCAGAAUAUGCUGCAAACAUUUCUACAUCCUUGCUCUUUUUCCCCCCUCCCCUCAAAGAGAAUAAAGGACCCAGAAGGGAAGUGGUAUGCAGGCUUUCCAGCUGAACCCCACAUGUACUGGCUGGGAGCUUCUCUCGAGGCCUCCUGGGGCUCAGCAUCGGGACAGACAUUACUGAUGAUCAGUGAAGAGCUCAGAGGGACUUGGCUUGGCAGGCUUAGCUUUGCUGGAAAACUCGUAAUCUCCAGUUGAAAACCUAGUAGAAUUUUGAAUGAAACCUCAAAGUUAAACCCUGCGCCAGGCAGCAGAGCUCUCUGGAGAGGGUGCAGGGGCAGAGCACUUGGAUUGCCAAGCAGGGAGGAGAGAUGGACGCGGGUUGUGUGGCCGCCGCUACCACACCCUGCCCUGGCUUAUCACACCACUAUGGAACCUUGCAGAAUGGUACUCACAUAAUGGUUUAAAACAACACUUGCAUCAUUGACUAUGUGCAGGAUGUCAAUCAGUUUGGGUUUGCUUUAUUUUAUAUAUAUUUUUUGGUAUCCUGUACAUUGCAGUGGGUGUGAAGAUAGUAUUUUAAUAUUUGUACAAAGUUUAAUUUAAUUUUAAUUCUAUGUAUAUAACUGCAUUUCUAAAUAAUAAAAAAAGUUCUUAUGAGGCAGUUGUGAGA